AUUUAACGUCCACCAACCAUAUACAACGUUCGCGGGCGAACGUUUCGAACGCCGGCGUUCGAAAUUCAAAAAUAUAAAUAUAUUUUUAUUGUAUUUUUUUUUUUUUGAUUUUGUGCUUCUUUGUGGUUGUGUUUUACGAAAUGUUUAUAAUUGGAUUGUUUUAACAGAUAAUUUAAUUUUGGAUGUACAACAAUUCACAACAAUGCAUCAAAUAAGUGUAUACAACAUUGUCUGCCUCCUGGCUUUGGCGUUUUCAACUUACGCUAAAGAAAUCAAUCUUCAAGCAGAUAUUGAAACCACAACACUUUAUGAAACAAAAGCAGUGGCUUUAGAGCAGAUGACAAACUAUAGCUUACCGCAUCUAGUUGAGAAUAUUAGUUCAAGUGAUGUAUCUAUAAACUUCGGUUCUAACCAAUCAAAUGAAAGUACAGAAUCAUCAAACGUUAAAGUCAUAGAAAACAAUGAACAAAUAAAAACACCAGAAAGCGCUUCAAAAGUAUUGUUUCCAUCAGUAUCAAACGUUCCAAGCAAUAAUUUUAAAUACCAAACGAAAACCAGAGAAGAGAAAACGGAGAAAGAAGCUGUUAAUAGUGUUGUAAAAAGGAGACUAAUGAAGCAAUUGAUAGAAAAAAAGAAUGAUAUCAGGGCUCACGUGCAAUAUGAUGAAGUGACUGGUGAAUUAAUUGGUGGUGAUCAUCCUUGUCACCGAGAAUGUAUGGAAGGAGUGGAACCAAUGAUUUGUUACUACCAUUUCAACUUAGAGUGGUACCAAACUAUGAGUAAGGCGUGCUACAAUUGUCCAUAUAACGCAACGGACUGCAAGAGAUUGGAUUGUAUACCUGCUGAUGGGAUUAAUAGAGCGCUAAAUGUCGUUAAUAGGAAAAUGCCUGGACCUGCUAUCGAGGUGUGCCAACAUGACAGAAUAAUAGUGGACGUAGAAAACGAUUUGAUGACGGAAGGAACGACAGUUCACUGGCACGGACAACAUCAGCGAGGAACACCGUACAUGGAUGGAACGCCAUACGUCACUCAGUGCCCAAUUUUACCUGAAUCUACAUUUAGGUAUCAAUUCAAUGCCACACACCCUGGGACACAUUUUUGGCACUCACAUUCUGGAAUGCAGCGCGCGGAUGGCGCAGCGGGCGCUCUCAUUAUAAGGAAGCCGAAGUCUCAAGACCCGUAUGGACAUAUGUAUGAUUAUGAUAGAUCGGAGCACGUAAUGAUUGUAACGGACUGGAUACACGAGCUCUCCGUCGGAAUGUUCACCGACCACCACCACGCUAAAGGUGAUAAUAAACCACCGACCCUCCUUAUCAACGGAGUCGGGCGCUUCAGGUUCUUCAACGAUUCAGCCAAGCCGACGUAUAUGCAGGCUGCCAGAUUUGAUGUUGAACAGGGUUACAAAUAUCGUUUUCGAGUGAUCAACGCUGAAUUCCUUAACUGCCCUAUUGAGAUGUCAGUGGAUGGACAUAACAUCACUGUGAUCGCCUCGGAUGGCUACGAGCUGGAAGCUAUUAAUGCAACAUCCCUCGUGACAUAUGCGGGGGAAAGGUACGAUUUUAUAUUGGAGGCAAACAACGAGAUAGACAAUUAUUGGAUACGCUUCAGGGGACUUAUGGACUGCGAUGAAAGAUUCACAAAAGCCAAGCAAGUAGCUGUGCUGCAUUAUGAAGGCGCGAUCGAGUCUGAGCCAACCGGCGACCCUACAUGGGAGGAGCUUCAUAACGAAGGACUUCAAUUGAACGCAUUAAACAAAGGCGAGGAAGAAGAUGAAACGAUAAGCGUAGCUGAGAUGAAGUCGCUUCAAGGUUACGACGACAGCUUGAAAGAAAUAGCGGACUACCAGUUUUAUGUCGCAUAUGACUUUUAUGCAAAGAACAAUUCACACUUUCACCGAUCCCCUUAUUAUGGAUAUUAUCAAGUUCCUGAUCCCCUAGAUCGUCUAUACACGCCACAAUUAAAUCACAUCAGUAUGAAAAUGCCAUCAAGUCCUCUUCUCCUUGCACGUCCAUCGCCAGACAACUUCUGCAACGCAUCCAGUAUUGAUGAAUCGUGCAAAGAAGGCUAUUGCGAAUGUUCUCACGUAUUGUCUGUUAGAAAGAAUUCUGUAGUAGAGGUUAUUAUAGUUGAUGAAGGCGUAACAUUUGACGCUAAUCACCCAUUUCAUCUACACGGGCAUAAUUUCAGAGUAGUAGGAAUGAGACGUCUAGCUAAUGAAACGACUAUCGAACAAGUUAAAGCAUACGAUGAAGCUGGUUUACUUAAGAGAAAUCUUAAAAAUGCUCCUUUAAAAGACACCGUUACUGUACCAGACGGCGGUUACACAGUUAUAAGAUUCAAAGCUGACAACCCUGGUUAUUGGCUGUUUCACUGUCAUAUAGAAUUUCACGUAGAAGUUGGUAUGGCUUUGGUGUUCAAAGUAGGUGAGGAUAAAGAUAUGCCUCCGAUUCCUCGUGAUUUUCCAACGUGCGGUAAUUACAUGCCAGAUAACAUGUUGGAACAUGCAACAACACCUAAGCCUAAUGCUAACGAUGGCCAAGUUAUAUCGAUAACGCAUUGGUGGCCUGUUGUAUAUGUCAAUAAUACAACAUCAUCGGCUGCUGUUUUAAAACCUGCAUAUGUUGUUUUAUGGUUCAUGUGGUUGUUACAUUGCAUUCGAACGUAGUAUAAUAUAAGUACAAUUACAUUUAGAAUCAAUGAAUUAGGAAAUGUUAAAAAAUAAUUUGAUAAAAAGAAAUUAAAUCGAGAUUUUUCUUAUUGAAAUUUAAUACCCAGUAUUCAAAUACGAAUUUGUACUUAUCAUUAAUUGUUUUAUAUUAAUUUAUUUUUAAGCAUUAUUGUAUAUUUAUUUCAUUCAUUUUUUUUUUCGAUAAAUUUAUUUAUUGGACAGUACUUAUUUAUUUAUUUUAUUGUCAAAUUAGUACAAUUGACAAGUUUGUUUUUAGACAAGUCAUAGUUUAUGGAGACUUUUCUAACUAUGCUGACUAUUUGACUAGCUACUCAAAUUAAUUAUUUGUUAUAUCAAUUUUAAGGAUAAUGGAAUCGUUACCAUUGUUAACAAAAUGUUGUAUCUUUAUAAAGUACACAUAACACUUGAUUUUCAAUAAGUUUUUAUUUAAAUAAAUGGGAAUAUUUAGUAUUUUUAUCCUACUAUUUACCAUAUGUCAUAAUAUGUCUAUUUACUGUGACCUUGCCAAAACUUCGGAACAUUUUAUUCAGGUGUUGCCUGAAUUAAUAUUGUGUUUGACGUCGCUGGUGAUAUGUGAUAUUACUUAGUUAAGUUAGCCUUAAGAUAUCUAGUUGUACUAGAACUGCUGUAAAAGUAAAUAAGUUACAUUUUUCACGCAAUAAAUAAAACAUCGGCAUUA